AUGGCUCUCCACGUCUUUCAAGCGAGCGCAGUCCUCGCUGCGGGCUUGAUUCUCUACGUAUUGCUCUUUGUGGGUAGAAGAGGUCGUAACAUGCCAGAUGGUCCUCCAACACUACCCAUCAUUGGCAAUCUACAUCAACUACCCAAGCAAAAAGUCUAUCUACAAUUCACAGAAUGGGCCAAAAAAUAUGGAGGCAUGUACACGCUCAAACUCGGUCCGGCCACGGCGGUUGUUCUGUCGGACCGUAGAAUCGUCAAACAACUCUUGGACAAGAGGAGCGCCAUCUCCAGCGAGCGUCCGACCAACGAAGUCAGCCAGCACAUCAUCACCGAAGGGGAUCAUUUGUUAUGGAUGAACAACACUCCCGCGUGGAGGUUGAUGAGAAAACUGAUCCACCAGGACCUCACAGAGAAGAUGUGCGAGAAUGACCACCACAAGAUCCAACAGGCCGAGUCCGUGCAGAUGCUUCACGACAUGCUCAAGUCUCCCGACGACUGGCUGAGACAUCUCAAGAGAUUCAGUAACAGUGUCAUCACCAGUAUCGUUUACGGCAUUCGCUCCCCGUCCAUCGAUUCAACCUACAUCAUCCGCCUCAACGCGCUUCUCGAAAAAUGGGCUCGGAUCAACGAAUUCGGUGCCACCCCACCCGUCGACAUCUUCCCUUUUCUCAAACUGAUCCCCGAACGAUUCUUGGGCAACUGGGUCACCCGGGCCACCGUGGUCCACGACGAGAUGCACGCCCUGUACAACAAACUCCGCGAGACGGUCGAGAAGAGACGUGAAGCCAUGGGCCCCAUGCCCACCGUCGUCGACCGAUUGCUGGACCAACAAGAAAAGACCGGUCUCACCACUCACCAAAUCACUCUAUUGUCCGGCGUCACCAUCAAGGGCGGAUCCGACACUUCUGCCUCCGUCUUGUCUUCAUUCAUGCAGGCCAUGGUGACGAACCCGCACAUCGUCAAAAAAGCCCAAGCCGAAAUCGACGCCGUGGUGGGAGACGACCGCGUUCCCAAUUGGUCGGAUUACGAGAGCCUGCCUUACGUGGCUGCAAUCGUCAAGGAAAGUCAUAGAUGGAGGCCGGUCGCUCCUCUUUCUGUACCACACGCUUUGUCUGAAGAUGAAUGGGUAGAUGGUAAACUCAUCCCCAAAGGCACAACAAUCUUCCUCAAUGUCUGGGGUCUCCAUCAUGAUGAAUCCAAAUUCCCAAAUCACGACGUCUUCGACCCGGAUCACUACAAAGGUAGAACUCUUCUGGCAUCCGAGUAUGCAAAUUCUGCCGAUUAUGAGAAUCGAGAUCAUUACGGUUAUGGCAACGGAAGACGUCUAUGUCCCGGUAUCCAUCUCGCCGAUCGAAACUUGUUCCACGCAAUUUCCAAGAUCCUAUGGGCAUUCAACAUUGAAAAAGCAACCGACCCCAAGACUGGUAAACCCAUCGAGCCAGACACCAGCAUGGUCACCGGUUACCGAGAAGGUCUCACCGCCUGUGCGUACGAGUUCCCGGUCAAGUUGACCGUGAGAUCUCCAGCCAAGAGGAAAACCAUCCUCAAAGAACACGACGACGCAAAGGCCAACGUGUUUCCCGAUUACGAGAAGACUGCCAUUUUCUGA